AUUUCGUGGUCGGACGAGCGCCUUCGGUGUGUUAAAAAAAUUAAAAUUAAAAAAUCGAAAAAGAUAAAAAAAAAUUCCCUAAACCUCAAAUUGAUGACUGCUGACCUUUUGUUUUAAAGUUUUUUUUUGAAUUCGAUUAGUAGAGGGUCCGAUUUGUGGAUUCCUUGCCCUUGGGCUUGAUGCUGAUUCUGACUUCGAUCGAGAUCUGAAGCUUUUCGAUCUCCAAAAAGUUAAAUUGCAGGUCUCUACAUUGAGAUAUGUCUCAUAAUCAGGGGGAAGACAUCGAUGAAAUGGCAGAUUAUUAUGACAUGAAUGAGAUGGAGGAUGACAUGGAUGAAGACUUUCAUGGGAGACUGAUGGAGUAUUCAGAUUCUGACGAGGAAGAAAAUUCCCAAUUGUAUGAUAGAGUAACAGACACUUCAGCUUCAGAAGCCAGAAAAGGAAAGGACAUACAAGGCAUACCCUGGGAUAGAUUAAGUAUCACAAGGGAUAAGUACAGACAGACUAGACUAGAGCAAUACAAGAAUUAUGAGAAUGUUCCUAACUCCGGGGAAGUUUCUGCUAAGGUAUGCAAGCCAUCCAGGAAGGGAGGAAACUAUUAUGAGUUUUGGCGGAACACAAGAUCUGUUAAAUCAACUAUCCUCCAUUUUCAGUUAAGGAAUUUAGUCUGGGCUACAUCAAAACAUGAUGUAUACCUUAUGUCACACUACUCUGCUAUACAUUGGUCUGCAUUGACUUGUGAGAAGUCCAAAGUUCUGGAUGUUUCAGGGCAUGUGGCACCAUGUGAGAAACAUCCAGGAAGUCUAUUAGAAGGGUUUUCACACACUCAAGUUAGUACGCUGGCAGUUAAGGAUAAGUUGCUUGUAGCUGGUGGAUUCCAAGGAGAACUUAUAUGCAAGUAUUUGGAUCGACCUGGAAUUAGCUUCUGUUGCCGGACAACUUAUGAUGACAAUGCAAUCACUAAUGCUGUAGAUAUUUACAACAGUUCCAGUGGGGCUCUUCAUUUCAUGGCAUCGAAUAAUGAUUGUGGUGUCAGAGACUUUGAUGUGGAGAAGUUUCAGAUAUCUAAGCAUUUUCGGUACCCGUGGCCAGUGAAUCACUCAUCCCUGAGCCCUGAUGGCAAGAAUCUCGUCAUUGUGGGUGACAAUCCUGAGGGAAUCCUGGUUGAUGCUCAUACUGGAAAGAACAUCCAAGAUUUGCAUGGCCAUAUGGACUACUCCUUUGCAUCGGCAUGGAGUCCUGAUGGCUGUACAUUUGCAACGGGUAACCAAGACAAGACAUGCAGAGUCUGGGACAUCCGUAACCUCUCGAAAUCUCUCGCAGUCUUGAGAGGAAACCUUGGAGCUAUUCGAUCAAUCCGAUACUCAUCAGAUGGUCGGUUUAUGGCAAUGGCAGAGCCUGCUGAUUUUGUGCACAUAUUUGAUGUCAGUAGUGGGUAUCAGCAGCAGCAAGAAUUGGAUUUCUUUGGAGAGAUUUCAGGGAUAUCCUUCAGUCCGGAUACUGAGUCUUUAUUCGUUGGUGUAUGGGACCGGACUUACGGGAGUCUCUUGCAGUAUAAUCGAAAGAGGAACUGUUCUUACUUGGAUUCACUAAUUUGAGGUCAUGAUUCUUGAAAUAAAGUUUGGAGACUUGAUGUUGAUGUGUAUAAAGGGAAGAGAUGUAAAAUUAUCGUUUUAGGACAGCACAUAUGAGGCGAAUGGAAGAAUUCUGUAGCAAUCAUUGUGCCGAAGAAAUAUGUUCGGAUAUACAUCGUGGAAGAGUUUUACUUCGUUCA